AUGAAUUAACAUCACGAAGAAGGUGAAAUAUUUGAUAUUCCAACGUCAAAGAGUAACUCUGAACUAAAUGGUCGAACCAUAUCUUUUACUUUAUUUUCAAUUAUAUACAAUUUAGGUUGGGGACUACUUUUUUUACUCUUUCGCCAUUAUAGUAAUUUAUGAUUUAUUAAGAAAAGAGAUAAUUAAUCAUGCGAUAGUAUCGAUACUUGGUCAUUAUAUGCUUAAAUCUUUUUGUUUGUUGUGGCUGGAUAUAAAUUGUAAGAACUGUAUUUUUAUAUAAAGAAUUAUUGAGCUACCAAUUCAAUACAAAACUAAUGGAUUUUGGAAAGAAAAAUUAUUUGAUAUUGUUGAUUAUGUGGAGUUGUUCUUUAACACUUUAAUUUUGAUUGGUUUGACAGUAAUUCAUAUUGAACUUAAUAUUAGUAUGCCUACUUACAACAUGAAGAAUGCAUUCACUUAAGAAUGUUUAUUCUGAGUUAUUUGAUUGUAACCUAUUUUAUAAUAUUCAUUUGGAUUUUGACUUUGAUUUAUCUAUUUUGUAAUAAAGAUGGAUAAUCAAGAAGAUCAUGA